AGUGCCCUCCCAAGACACCCCGGGUGCCUCUGGAUCCCUAACCACCAGAAGUCCCAUUCCACCAUCAAAGAAGACACUGGUCAAAGAUGUUGAAAGAUUCACAGAAAUCCUUACUCCUCAGCCAUGGGCAAAAGACGACAUCCGACAAAAAGGCAAAGGUGCCGCCGACGCCGCUGUCCCGGAAAUGGAAGCAGGACCGAGCGCAGUCUCUGGAGGCAGAUUACAUACCAGUGGUGGUGGAUCCUCGCGGGCAGAACCCAGACACUAGUAUCAGGUUCAGUUUCUACAAGUCACAGUAUUCCAACUCUCUAACCCCCUUCUACACCCUGCAGAAGCCCACCUGUGGCUACCUGUACCGACGAGAAACCGACCACACCCGCAAACGCUUUGAUGUUCCUCCAGCAAACCUGAUCUUGUGGCGCAGCUAGGUCCAUGGCGUCUGGAAGUCCCCACCCUGCACCUUCAUCCUGGGUCCCAGAGGGAAAGAUCGUUCAUGCCUGGAGAAGCGGUGUAUACCUGGGCUAGCCGGGUAUGCCUGUGACAGCUGAGGGAGGCCUCUUCUCAAUAGCAAUAAACUUUGUCCUUCUUUUUUCUGGCAUCUAAAUGGAUAGGGUUGCCACCUGGUGAGUUUAUCCAGAAGGGCCUGAAGAAUUGAAAGGGUUUCUUCUUAGUCCCUCUGCCCCAAGGAUGUGCUUCUCCCAGGGCGCAAUGUCAGUGCUGACCUCAGCAUUCCCAUAGGCCACGCUUGACCAUGCUCCCCAAAGCUAAAACAGCCGCUGCUGAAUGGAUCCUGCUCUCUCGUGAGAUCAUCUUAUCCCAGACUGUAACAGCCAUGGGGGCAUGGAGAACAAAUGCAGGAAGCGAGCAGGUUUUUAGUAACCAUUUCUGUAAAAACAGCCUUUUGGUUUGUUUUGAUAGGGUUUCACACAGUCCAUUCUUGUCUCGGCUAUAUUCUUGUUAUGUAGCUGAAGGUGAUCUGGAACUUCUGACCCUCUUUUCGUACUGGUCAAGGAUCACAAUAGACCACACUCACGGUCUACUGAGGGGUCAUGCAUGCUAGACAAGACUGCUACUAAUUAAGCUAUGUUCCUGAUUGUUUCUGGCUUUUUUGUUGUUUUUUUUUUGGGGGGGGGGGUGGACAGAGUCUCUCUAUGUAGCCCUGGCUGUCCUGGAACUCAUUAUGUAGACGAGGCUGGCCUCGAACUCAGAGAUCUCCAGGCCUCUGUUUCCCGAGUGCUUAGAUUAAAGGUGUGCACCACCAAG